UAGGAACCCAAAUGAGAUGCGGGGGUUGGAGCUCGUGCCUCGGAGCAGUAGUCCCAGCAGCAGCAGCAGCAGCAGCAGCAGCAGCAGCAGCAGCAGCAGGCGCCGUUGCUAGACCAGCAGCAGCAGCAGCCGCAGCACCCACAGCAGCAGCAGCAGCAGCAGCAGCCGCCGCAGCAGCAGCAGCAACGAUGGGUCGGCCGUCUUCCCCUGACUGGCCUUGUUGUUGGGCUGAGAAAAGCCCUUAGGAUCUUUCCAGAGACUAAGUCCCGGUUGUAGAAUGAGACUUGAGUAGUGCAGCGGAAGUUGAGGCAGUUGAACCCUUGUACUAGUAUAUGAGAACAACUCUCAUACCAUGUUGGGCUGAGAAAAGCCCUUAGGAUCUUUCCAGAGACUAAGUCCCGGUUGUAGAAUGAGACUUGAGUAGUGCAGCGGAAGUUGAGGCAGUUGAACCCUUGUACUAGUAUAUGAGAACAAGUGAUUGAUU